AUGACUGGACCGUCUAAACCUACCAAGAUCACUUCUAAAGCGAUUGCACAGGAUUUUUUGGAUUCUUAUGACACUUUUUUGUUUGAUUGUGAUGGUGUUUUAUGGUUAGGAAAACAUCUAUUACCAAAGAUCGUUGAGACGCUGGACUUGUUAUCUUCAUCGGGCAAGAAGACAUAUUUCGUGACCAACAACUCUACGAAGUCUCGUGCCGCUUAUUCGAAAAAAUUUGCUUCUUUUGGUAUCAUGGUCGACCCAGAACAGAUCUUUACAUCAGGUUAUGCAUCUGCGCUACAUGUGAGAGACGUUUUGAAGCUCGUACCGGGCCAGGAUAAAAUCUGGGUUUUUGGCGAAAGUGGGAUCACGGAAGAAUUGAAAUUGAUGGGUUACGAGUCGCUUGGAUGUGAUGAUCCACGACUCGAUGAACCCUUCGAUAUUAGCGAAUCGCCUUUCUUCACCGAACCGUUGGAUCCGGCUGUUAAAUGUGUUAUUGCUGGGUUGGACACGCGUGUCAAUUAUCAUCGUUUAGCAGCUUCGCUAAGAUACUUACAGCAACCGGAGGUUACGUUUGUCGCUACAAAUAUCGAUUCGACGUUUCCUAACAAGGGCUUUAUUUUGCCCGGUGCUGGAUCUACGAUCGAAUCAUUAGCGUGUGCGUCCGGCCGGGAACCUGCUGCGUGUGGAAAGCCAAAUCUUAACAUGUUGAACGCCAUUGUCACUGCAGAACACCUCGAGAGAUCCAAGACGUGCAUGGUCGGUGACAGACUGAACACCGACAUAAGAUUUGGUGUUGAUGGGAAAUUAGGCGGUACCCUUCUCGUUUUGACUGGUAUUGAAACUGAGGAAAGAGCCACCGAUGCUACCGGUGACUAUGCUUUGCCCAAGUUUUUCGCCAACAAGCUAGGCGACUUGUAUGAGUUGACGCAGGAAGAGAGUUGA